CUUAUAAAGGCUCUCUACUCGAACACAACUGGUCGAGUGAGAGGUUAUGGCGAACUGUCAUCAUAACUGAUUACCUCAAGUGGUGUUCGUUAGGGCUGUCCACUCUCUCCAUUCUUGUUUAACUUUGUCCUUGACUUGCUUUUAGAGAUGACACUUUCCUCAUCUAAAUUUCCAGGAGUUGAGCUUCUACCGGGAGAUCCACUUGUUGACUUAGAAUAUGCCGAUGACAUAGUUCUAUUUGGUGAAGACGCUGACAAAAUGCAGAGUCUGCUGACCACUCUAAGCAACAAUGCAGGCAUGAUCAGGAUGCGAUUUUCUACCUCGAAAUGCAAAAUGUUACUUCAGGAUUGGGUUGCAUCGACACCCGAACUAGUGAUAGGGAGUGAAGUAGUUGAGCGUGUCGACCGCUUCACUUAUCUCGGAAGUCUCAUCAGCCCUUGCGGUCUGGUGUGUGACGAAAUCUCGGUACGGAUACAGAAGGCUCGACUAGCUUUUGCCAACUUGCGUCAUUUAUGGCGUAGGCGAGAUAUCCAUCUAUCAACCAAAGGACUUGUUUACUGUGCAGCAGUUCGUUCCGUCCUACUUUAUGGCUGUGAAACAUGGCCGGCAAGAGUAGAGGAUAUUCGUAGGUUACUAGUAUUUGAUCAUAGGUGUCUUCGAAACAUUGUUCAUAUAUCCUGGGACCACCGAGUAAGCAUCUCAGUUGUUAGGAAACGGGUACUAGUUAAGGAUGGCAAAAUUACUAGGGAAUGAUGGUUAUGAAUCUUCAUCGACUGAGAUGGUUAGGCCACGUGCUGCGUAUGCCUGAACACCGAUUACCACAACGUGCGAUGUUUUAUGGUGUAGGAAUAGGUUGGAAGAAAGCUAGGGGCGGCCAGACCAAAACCAUGAAGUCACUGACAAGUGGACCGAGCCAUAUUGGUAGGUGUAGACUACUUGGUUGGGGUCGGCGAGAUGAUAGCAACCGAUGGUUAGAGACCUUGAUUGACAUGGCUCAAAAUCGU